UUUUUUCCGUUGCCAGUGCCACUUGCUAAAGCCAAAAAUGCGACUUUAUGGGAUAUUGAUGGUAAUGAAUACAUUGACUUCUUGUCUUUUUUUGCUGUCGCAAAUAUGGGGCAUUCUCAUCCUAAAAUAGUUGAGGCGUCAUGCAAAGCAAUUCAAGAUUGUGCUUUGACCAAUUCCUCGUUCAUGAGUCCGAAAUAUGCUGAACUCGGAGAUAAGAUUGAGGAGAUUUUGGGUUACAAGAGAAUAGUCUGUAUGUGUACAGGUGCCGACGCCACAGACACAGCAACAAAGCUAGCAAGAAAGUGGGGAUACUUGAAGAAAGGCAUCAAAGAAAAUGAGGCUUUUGUUUUGACAACCUCUGCGUGCUAUCACGGGUUGACCAUUUCGACCCAUUCAUUUGCGACAACGAAGAAUGAGAAGUUUGGUCCUUAUGUGCCGCACGUUGGCUCUGUUUCUCCUUCAGGAGUAGUGGUUGAAUAUGGUGAUAUUGACUCCUUAGCUACUGCGCUUGAAAAAGACCAUGCUACAAUUGCUGCAUUUAUGGUUGAGCCAAUCCAAGGAUCUGCUGGUAUUGUUACUCCACCAAAGGGCUAUUUGAAACAAGCAUACGAUCUCUGCAAGAAAUACAAUGUUUUGUUUAUUGCAGACGAAGUUCAAACAGGUCUAGGAAGAGCCGGAUCUAUUCUGAAGUCUUGGGAUGAUGGAAUCAAACCUGAUUUAGUAUGCCUGGGUAAAGCUUUGGCAGGCGGGGUUGCUCCGCUAUCUGCUGUUUGCGGUGUGGAGGAAGUGAUGGAUGUUUUGGAAUAUGGAGACAUUGGAUCAACCAUGGCUGCAAACCCACCUGCUACCGCUGCUGCGGUUGCUGCUCUAGGAGUGUUAAUCGAUGAAAAGAUCAGCGAGCAAGCUAAAGAGAAGGGUGCUCUUUUGAGAAAGUUACUUUUGGAAGAGAAACUUGAACAAGUCGCCUCAGUGAGUGGAGACGGCGUGUUGCUUGCUGCAGUUCUCAACCCAGCUUCCCUCAACAAGUCGUUUAAUGGGGCACGGUUGGCUGCACUGUGUGCUGCCAAUGGACUGAUUGUCAAUUCUGCUGCCGGCGGCAAGAGAAUUAGAAUAUGUCCACCCGCAACAAUCAGCGCAGAGGAUGUGAAGAAAGGUGUGAAGAUAUUUGCCGAGUGCGUCAGAACUUUGGACAGCAUUGAA